ACCCUUUUGGCGUACAUCAUGAUGCGGACCGAAAACCAAGACGCAGGCCUUUUCGGAGAACAAACUACUUCAGAUCACUUGUGAGUCGCCACAGAGAAACACGUUAUACGGAAUUCAAAGUCGUCAAUAACAAUAUGGGGCGCCGGAAGCGGCGGAGAGGCGGAGCGCUAAAAUCAGUCCGAGUCCGCACAUUGUUGGAAAUGUUCACAUGGUGUGUCGCGCAUCGUGAGUUUACCUAGGCUAAUAGAAGAAGUUACUUCGACUCCGCUAAUAAUACUUUCUCCGGCCUCUUCCUCGGCGCUUUCUAAUUGAAUAUAUGUCACUGGUGCUCCCCGCAAUUCAAAGUCACUCACUGGCACUGCUAACUCCCCCAGAAAUGACCUGAGAGCAUUGAUAUAUAUAUACGAGAAUCCUCAAAUAGCUAAUAAUCAUGGGGGUGCUCGCGGUAGUCAUCAUUGCACUCGCGUUCUAUGCAAUCUUUACUAUCCUCCGGUCUAUCCAGCAAUUCAAUAGACACCGCAAGAAUGCAAAGGCUCUGCGCUGCCAGCCUGCACCCCAAGGACGACCCGGUUUCUACGGCAUUCCGGCCUUCUUGAAACUGGCCCGAGCUGUCCGGGAGAAGAGAUCGGUUGAAUUCAUGGCCGAACAGUAUGAACUAUAUGGAAAUACUUUUGCACAGAAAAUCCUUGGACGACAUCUUGUCACAACCAUCGAACCGGAGAAUUUAAAAGCGCUCUUAGCUACUCAGUUCAAUGAUUUCCGCCUGGGGAAUCGACAUCGAGAGUUCUAUCCGCUUCUGGGAGAUGGUAUCUUCACUUUGGAUGGUGCAGGCUGGUCGCACGCGCGAGCAUUACUGAGGCCCCAAUUUACGAGGGACCAGGUUGCUGAUCUGGCGAUGAUGGAUGAACAUGUCAUGAGGAUGAUCGAUAUCAUUCCCAAAGACGGCUCCGUGUUCGAUAUCCAAAAGCUUUUCUUUCUUUUAACGAUGGACUCUGCGACCCACUUCUUAUUUGGUGAAUCCGUCGGAUCCAUGCUUCCAGCUUCUUCCAGUCCCGGAGUACUCGAAAAAUCCACCGGCGGCGCGCAGGGCUUUGCUGAUGCAUUUAAUCUGGCACAAGAAUAUCUCGCCGCUCGAUCGCGAGCCCAGGACUUUUACUGGAUGGUCAACCCCGCGGAAUUCCGUGAAGCGACAAGGAAAGUGCAUGAUCUAGUAGACCACUAUGUCCAGUUGGCUCUCCAAUCCCGAAACAAGCCGCAGAAGCCAGAUGACCGGUAUAUCUUCUUGCAGGCUCUGGCGGCGGAUUCGCCAAAUCCAAAGGUGCUCAGAGAUAACUUGCUCAAUAUCCUUCUCGCAGGCCGAGACACGACGGCUAGUCUGCUCAGCUCUGCAUUUUUCCUCUUUGCCCGUCAUCGACACGUCUGGGACCGUCUUCGACGAGACGUUAUUCGCCAGUUCGGCGACUGCAACCACAAAGUUUCUGAUAUCACACAUGCGAAGCUGAAGGAUAUGCCUUAUCUUCGUUAUGUUCUUAAUGAAGUCCUCCGCUUGUACCCUCCAGUGCCAAUCAACUUCCGCGUUGCUGCCACAGAUACAUCUUUACCCGUCGGUGGCGGUCCGGACGGAAUGUCUCCGAUAUAUAUCCGGAAGGACUCAGUGAUCACAUACGUAGUCUACGCCAUGCACCGACGAAAGGAUCUAUGGGGUCCUGACGCAGAAUCAUUCCGACCUGAGCGAUGGGAAGAAAAUGGCAAGCACAGCUGGGAAUAUCUUCCCUUCAAUGGCGGGCCGAGAAUCUGUCUGGGUCAACAAUACGCCCUUACUGAAGCGAGCUACACAAUAGUUAAGCUCAUGCAGCACUUCGACACUGUCGAGAACGCUGACCUGGACCUCGAACAACCUGUCUUGGUCUCUAAUCUCACCAUGUCUCAUGACAGAGGCGUUAACAUCAGACUAUAUAACUCUGGAAAAAGCUGUUACUAAACCUAAGCAGCCUAUGUGUUAUAGUUCACUGGUGUGGUAGCAAUGUUUUCUUUGCAUUCGAUCGCUGGCUCUGUAUGAGAUAUUCAUGACCUAUGUUUUGAUUUGGGAUGGUGAAACUCUCCGCUAGAGCAAAAUUGACUAUAGCAGUGUACGUGCUCCAUCCAUCCUUCUGAGGAGAUAUGGCAACAUAGGU